GGGUGCGAGAGGCGGCAGCGCGGAGCAGAGCGGAGCCCCAAGUCGGCGUGGGGGACGGUGGGUCUGUGAGAGACCGGAUAGAGGGGUUGGAGUCGCGAGGACCGCUGACAAGCGAUGGGGAAGAAGCAGAAAAACAAGAGCGAAGACAGUGCCAAGGAUGACAUUGAUCUUGAUGCCUUGGCUGCAGAAAUAGAAGGAGCUGGUGCUGCCAAGGACCAGGAACCUCAAAAAUCAAAGGGGAAAAAGAAAAAGGAGAAAAAAAAGCAGGACUUUGAUGAAGAUGAUAUCCUGAAAGAACUGGAAGAAUUAUCCUUGGAAGCUCAAGGCAUCAAAGCUGACAGAGAAACUGCUGCAGUGAAGCCAACAGAAAACAAUGAAGAUGAGUCCACUUCAAAACAAGAUAAAAAAAAGAAAGGACAGAAGGGCAAAAAACAAAGUUUUGAUGAUAAUGAUAGUGAAGGAUCAGAAGAUAAAGAUUCAAAAUCUAAAAAGACUGCAAAAGCAAAAGUGGAAAUGUACUCUGGGAGUGAUGAUGAUGAUGAUUUUAAUAAACUUUCCAAAAAACCUAAAGGGAAAGCUCAAAAGUCAAAUAAGAAGUGGGAUGGGUCAGAAGAGGAUGAGGAUAACAGUAAAAGGAUUAAACAGCGUUCCAGGGUGAAUUCUUCAGGUGAAAGUGCCGAUGAAUCAGAUGAAUUCUUGCAGUCUAAAAAAGGACAGAAGAAAAACCAAAAGAACAAGCCGGGUCCUAAUAUAGAGAGUGGGAAUGAAGAUGACGAUUCCUCCUUCAAAAUUAAGACAGUGGCUCAAAAGAAGGCAGAAAAGAAAGAGCGUGAGAGGAAAAAACGAGAUGAAGAGAAAGCGAAACUGCGGAAGCUGAAAGAGAAAGAAGAGUUAGAAUCAGGUAAAAAAGAUCAAAGCAAACAAAAAGAAUCUCAGAAGAAAUCUGAAGAGGAAGCUGUAAAAUCCAAAGUGGUCCUUGAUGCUGGAGCAGCCCCUGCCUCUGAGGAGAGAGGAGAGACUCUGGCAGCUGCAGAAGAUGACAAUGAAGGAGACAAAAAGAAAAAAGAUAAGAAGAAAAAGAAAGGGGAAAAGGAAGAGAAAGAGAAAGAGAAGAAAAAAGGACCUAGCAAAGCCACUGUUAAAGCUAUGCAAGAAGCUCUGGCUAAGCUUAAAGAAGAAGAAGAAAGACAGAAAAGAGAAGAGGAAGAACGGAUAAAGCGGCUUGAAGAAUUAGAAGCCAAGCGCAAAGAAGAGGAACGAUUGGAACAAGAAAAAAGAGAAAGGAAAAAGCAAAAAGAAAAAGAAAGAAAAGAACGCUUGAAAAAAGAAGGGAAACUUUUAACUAAAUCCCAGAGAGAAGCUAGAGCCAGAGCUGAAGCUACCCUUAAACUCCUGCAAGCUCAGGGUGUUGAAGUGCCGUCAAAAGACUCUUUGCCAAAGAAAAGGCCAAUUUAUGAAGAUAAAAAGAAGAAAAAAAUACCACAGCAGAUGGAAAAUAAAGAAGUUUCUGAACCAGUGGAAUUAAGUGCUACUGUAGUUGUAGAACAAGGAGGACAAGAAAAAGAAGAUACCCCACCUCCUGCUGAACCAGAAGAAGAAGAAGAAGCUGAAGAUGCUGGACUGGAUGAUUGGGAAGCUAUGGCCAGUGAUGAGGAAAGAGAAAAAGAAAACACCGUUCAUAUAGAAGUAGAAGAAAAUCCUGAAGAGGAAGAAGAGGAUGAGGAGGAAGAGGAGGAGGAAGAAGAAAGUGAAGAAGAAGAGGAAGAGGAAGGAGAAAGUGAAGGCAGUGAAGGUGAUGAGGAAGAUGAAAAGCUAUCAGAUGAGAAAGAUUCAGGGAAGACGUUAGAUAAAAAGCCAAGUAAAGACAUGAGCUCAGACUCUGAAUAUGACUCUGAUGAUGAUCGAACUAAAGAAGAAAGAGCUUAUGACAAAGCAAAACGUAGGAUUGAGAAACGUCGGCUUGAACACAGUAAAAAUGUAAAUACAGAGAAACUAAGAGCUCCUGUUAUCUGUGUACUUGGACAUGUGGACACAGGAAAGACAAAAAUUCUGGAUAAACUCCGUCAUACACAUGUACAAGAUGGUGAAGCAGGUGGGAUCACACAGCAAAUUGGGGCCACCAAUGUUCCCCUAGAAGCUAUUAAUGAACAGACUAAGAUGAUUAAAAAUUUUGAUAGAGAGAAUGUACGGAUUCCAGGAAUGCUGAUUAUUGAUACUCCUGGGCAUGAAUCUUUCAGUAAUCUGAGAAAUAGAGGAAGCUCUCUUUGUGAUAUUGCCAUUUUAGUUGUUGAUAUUAUGCAUGGUUUGGAGCCCCAGACAAUUGAAUCUAUCAACCUUCUCAAAUCUAAAAAAUGUCCCUUCAUUGUUGCACUCAAUAAGAUUGAUAGGUUAUAUGAUUGGAAAAAGAGUCCUGACUCUGAUGUGGCUGCUACUUUAAAGAAGCAGAAAAAGAAUACAAAAGAUGAAUUUGAGGAGCGAGCGAAGGCUAUUAUUGUUGAAUUUGCCCAGCAGGGUUUGAACGCUGCUUUGUUUUAUGAGAAUAAGGAUCCCCGUACUUUUGUGUCCUUGGUACCUACCUCUGCACAUACUGGUGAUGGCAUGGGAAGUCUCAUCUACCUUCUUGUUGAGUUAACUCAGACCAUGUUGAGCAAGAGGCUUGCGCACUGUGAAGAGCUGAGAGCACAGGUGAUGGAGGUUAAAGCUCUUCCUGGAAUGGGCACCACUAUAGAUGUCAUACUGAUUAAUGGCCGUUUGAAGGAAGGAGAUACCAUCAUUGUUCCUGGAGUAGAAGGACCCAUUGUAACUCAGAUUCGAGGCCUCUUGUUACCACCUCCUAUGAAGGAAUUACGAGUGAAGAACCAGUAUGAAAAGCAUAAAGAAGUAGAAGCGGCUCAGGGAGUAAAAAUUCUUGGAAAAGACCUGGAGAAAACAUUGGCUGGCUUACCUCUCCUUGUGGCCUAUAAGGAAGAUGAAAUUCCUGUUCUUAAAGAUGAACUGAUCCAUGAAUUAAAGCAGACACUAAAUGCUAUCAAAUUAGAGGAAAAAGGAGUUUACGUCCAGGCAUCUACACUGGGUUCUCUGGAAGCUCUACUUGAGUUUCUCAAGACAUCAGAAGUGCCCUAUGCAGGAAUUAACAUUGGUCCAGUCCAUAAGAAGGAUGUUAUGAAGGCUUCAGUGAUGUUGGAACACGAUCCACAGUAUGCAGUAAUUUUGGCCUUUGAUGUGAGAAUUGAACGGGAUGCACAAGAAAUGGCUGAUAGUUUAGGAGUUAGAAUCUUUAGUGCAGAAAUUAUUUAUCAUUUAUUUGAUGCCUUUACAAAAUACAGACAAGACUACAAGAAACAGAAACAAGAAGAAUUUAAGCACAUAGCAGUAUUUCCUUGCAAGAUGAAAAUCCUCCCUCAGUACAUUUUCAAUUCUCGAGACCCAAUAGUGAUGGGGGUGACUGUGGAAGCAGGGCAGGUAAAACAAGGGACACCCAUGUGCGUCCCAAGCAAAAACUUUGUUGACAUUGGAAUAGUAACAAGUAUUGAAGUAAACCAUAAACAAGUAGAUGUUGCAAAGAAAGGACAAGAAGUCUGUGUCAAAAUAGAACCUAUCCCCGGGGAAUCUCCCAAGAUGUUUGGGAGACACUUUGAAGCUACAGACAUUCUUGUCAGUAAGAUCAGCCGGCAGUCCAUUGAUGCACUCAAAGACUGGUUCAGAGAUGAAAUGCAGAAGAGUGAUUGGCAGCUUAUUGUGGAGCUGAAGAAAGUUUUUGAAAUCAUCUAAUUUUUCCACGUGGGGCAGAAAUUGGAGUAAACGCAAUAUUCUGUUGUAAUAUCAUCAAGACAAAAAAUGGAACAGAUGUAUCUGAACAUGGACAGACUGGUAUGGAAGGAAAAAAAAAAUAGGUGUAUAAAAUGUUUUCCAUGAGAAACCAAGAAACUUACACUGGUUUGACAGUGGUCAAUUACAUGUCCCCACAGUUCCAAUGUGCCUGUUCCCACACCCCCUCCUUGCCCUACCCUACUUGGCUGCUGUUUUAAAGUUUGCCCUUCCCCAAAUUUGGAUUUUUAUUACAAAUCUAAAGCUCUUUCACUUUUAUACUGAUUAAAUCAGUACUGCAGUAUUUGAUUAA